UGUGUUGAAGCCUGUGCUCUGUCAGACAUGCGCAAGAGCGUCAGCAGCAGCAGCAGCAGCAGCACCGACACCACCGCGGCGCUGCGUUUCCGCCUUGGCUGAGCGGCGCACACAGCCGAGAGGGGAGGGGAGGGAAGCCGAGGAGAAGGAGCGGAGCCACCGAGACGCAGUGGGGGCACACAGCACGGACUCCGAGCAAAUUGCACCGACGCACCAACAUCCCAGCAGCCCGUCUCCCCCCAAAUCCUACACGUCAAGAACCGAAACCUGUGCGGUGGCGCGCCAGAGCCCUUCCAGCAUGGAGACUGCGCUAAAAACCAAGCACUAAAAAUGUGAGAUUUACAAGAGGAGAGACAGAGAGAGAGCGCGCGCGUGUGUGUGCGUGUGUGCAUGAGAGAGAGAAAGUGGCUAUCCCCCUUUAUCUUGUGCGGGUGAUCUCAAUUCUGUGCUCUGCAGUCUGAAAAUGAAGAAGUUCAACAUCAGGAAGGUGCUGGACGGCUUGAAAGAGGUGUCCUCCUCCACCCCGUCUGUCCAAGUGGGGCCACAGGAGAACCAUCUGAUCCAGGAGACCCUCCAGUCCGAGCAUUUCCAGCUCUGCAAGACUGUCCGUCAUGGCUUCCCCUACCAGCCGUCGUCCAUGGCUUUCGACCCUGUGCAGAAGAUACUGGCCAUCGGUACCCAGAGUGGAGCUCUCAGAUUGUUUGGUCGUCCUGGCGUGGAGUGUUACUGUCAGCACGAGAGUGGAGCGGCCGUCAUCCAGCUACAGUUUCUCAUCAAUGAGGGAGCGCUGGUGAGUGCUCUGGCUGACGACAGCGUUCACCUGUGGAACCUGAGGCAGAAGAGACCAGCCAUCCUCCACUCCCUCAAGUUCAACAGAGAGAGAAUAACUUUCUGCCACCUGCCCUUCCAGAGUAAAUGGUUGUACAUCGGCACAGAACGAGGGAACAUCCACAUCGUCAACGUGGAGUCCUUUAUGCUCUCAGGCUACGUCAUCAUGUGGAACAAAGCCAUUGAACUGUCCUCCAAGGCUCACCCUGGACCAGUUGUCCACAUAAGCGACAACCCCAUGGAUGAGGGAAAGCUUAUAAUUGGAUUUGAGUCUGGGAUCGUGGUCCUGUGGGAUCUGAAAUCAAAGAAGGCCGACUAUCGCUACACUUACGAUGAGGCGAUCCACUCAGUUGCCUGGCAUCACGAGGGCAAGCAGUUCAUUUGCAGUCACUCAGAUGGAACUCUGACCAUAUGGAACAUCAGAGGCCAGGGCAAGCCCAUACAGACAAUCACCCCACACGGAAAACAGCCCAAGGACGGGAAGAAGCCAGAGCCUUGUAAACCCAUUCUCAAAGUGGAGUACAAAACCACUAGAAAUGGGGAGCCCUUCAUAAUUCUGUCUGGUGGUCUGUCCUACGACACGGUGGGCCGGCGGCCUUGCUUGACAGUAAUGCAUGGGAAGAGUACAGCUGUGCUGGAGAUGGACUAUCCUAUAGUAGACUUCCUCACACUCUGUGAGACACCAUACCCCAACGAUUUUCAGGAACCUUACGCUGUGGUGGUCCUUCUAGAAAAGGAUUUAGUGGUGAUCGACCUUGCACAAAACGGUUACCCCAUAUUCGAGAACCCCUAUCCUCUGACUAUCCACGAGUCUCCUGUGACCUGCUGCGAGUAUUUUGCCGACUGCCCUGUGGACCUCAUACCUGCACUUUACUCUGUUGGCUCGCGGCAGAAACGACAGGGCUACAGCAAAAAGGAAUGGCCUAUUAGCGGUGGAAACUGGGGUCAAGGCACACAGAGCUACCCAGAGAUCAUCAUCACUGGGCAUGCUGAUGGAACUGUGAAGUUCUGGGAUGCCUCUGCAAUAAUGCUCCAGGUGCUCUAUAAGCUCAAAACAGCCAAGGUGUUUGACAGAAACCGGUCCAAAGAGGACAAGGGCAGCACCGAGGUGUCAGACGAAGACCCCUUUGCCAUUCAGAUCAUGGCCUGGUGCCCCGAGAGCCGGAUGCUGUGUGUGGCCGGGGUGUCAGCCAACGUUAUCAUCUACCGCUUCAGCAAGCUGGAAGUAACUACUGAGGUGGUGCAGCUACUAGAGGUGCGAAUGCAGUACGAGCUGAACGACAUAGAGUCUCCAGACGGCGGGGGCGGAGGGGGAGAACAGACAUCGGCGCUUCCCACCCCCGGUGCCUCCCCUCAGACGAGCGGCCCACCUUCACACCCCUCCACCAGCAGCAACAACUCUGACGGCGGCAACAUGCCCUGCCUCAAAGUGCGAAGUACUCCUCUGAAGCAGUCCGCAGGUUACCAGGUAGAUUUGGUGGUCCAGUUAGUGUGGGUGAGCGGAGAGCCCCCGCAGCAGAUCACAAGUCUGGCGCUCAAUUCCUCCUACGGCCUUGUGGUGUUUGGCAACAGUAACGGUCUGGCGGUGGUGGACUACAUCCAGAAGACGGUAGUGCUAAACCUGGGGACGGUCGAGCUUUAUGGCUCCAAUGACCCCUACCAGAGACAGCCGCGCUCGCCAAGAAAGACACGACAGCCUUCUGGAGGUCUGUGCGACAUCAACGAGGGCUCCGCCACAUCAGAGGACCGCUGCAAGUCCCCUACUUCAGCAAAGAUGUCACGGAAAUUAAGCUUGCCUACUGAGCUAAAGCCAGACUUGGUCCUCCUGUCUGUAUGCCCGCCGCGGGGUGCCAACCCAUUAGACCACCGGGACAAUUCCUUCAGCCGCUCGCGCUCCUCCAGCGUCACCAGCAUCGACAAGGAAGCACGAGAGGCCAUCAGCUCCUUCCACUUUUGCGAGACCUUCGCCCGAAAGGGGGACAGCAUUUUGACGCCCUGCCUGUAUGUGGGCACCACUCUGGGCACCGUGCUGGCUCUAGCUCUCACAUUGCCACCUGCUGGGGAGCAACGGCAACUGCAGCCAGUUAUCAUUUCACCCACUGGCAUGUUGGUGCGGCUGAAGGGCAGCGUCAUGCGGAUGGCUUUCCUGGACUCAUCAGGCGCCAUGCUGUCCCCUGCGUACGAGCCGUGGUUCGAACCCAACGUCACAGCAGACGGCGAAGAAAGAGAGAAGGUCCGCAAGCGCCGGCCCGUCUCGGUGUCCCCCUCCACCUCCCAGGACCUCAACGAGAACCAGUACGCCGUGGUGUGUUCAGAGAAACAGGCCAAAGUCAUCUCCCUCCCCUCCCACACCUGCAUCUACAAACACAGUAUCACAGAGACCUCCUUCAUCCUACGGGCCGACGUGGUGCAGAUGGGCCAAGGCGUGUGUGUGGCGUGUUUCUGCGCCAACGGCCACAUCAUGACCCUCAGUGUGCCUGGACUGAGACCGCUCAUGGAUGUAAACUACCUGCCUUUGACAGACAUGCGGAUAGCAAGGACGUUCUGCUUCACCAACCUGGGUCAGGCGAUGUAUCUGUGCUCCCCCACUGAGAUCCAGAGGAUCACUUACAGCCAGGACACCUGUGAAAACCUACAGGAGAUGCUGGGUGAACUUUUCACACCAGUGGAAACACCAGAGGCUCCCAACAGAGGGUUCUUCAAAGGCCUCUUUGGGGGAGGAGCACAGUCACUGGACAGAGAGGAGCUAUUCGGUGAGGUAUCAGCUGGAAAGGCAUCCCGAAGUCUGGCCCAGCACAUCCCAGGCCCCGGUGGCAUCGAGGGCAUGAAGGGGGCAGCCUCUGGUGUGGUCGGAGAUCUGGCUCGCGCCCGGAUAGCACUGGAUGAAAGAGGCCAAAAACUGGGCGAGCUGGAGGAGAGGACAGCUGCCAUGAUGGCCAGCGCGGAUUCCUUUUCCAAACACGCCCAUGAGAUGAUGCUGAAGUGCAAAGACAAAAAGUGGUACCAGUUCUGAUCAGUGACGGGGGAGGAGCAGAGCUCCACGGACACGACUGUCACCUUCCAUUGGAUCAUUUGGACUCACCGUGACCCCCCCACCCACCCAUCCAUCUGUCCAUCCAUCCGUCCCUCCAAGCCUUCUUCACGGGGACACUUGGGAAUUCUUCCCUAGCACAAUGUUGAAUACUGUUCUUACCUCAGUCUUAGGGUGGAACUGAGGGGUAGACAGGGGAGAAGGACCGCCUCAGAGGGAGCAAAUAAAUGGUGUCUUUUUUUUAUGUUUUUGUCUCUUUGUUUUAUCUCUGUUCGACUUCUCCUCCGAGGUCGCCGAUUGGCCCACGCACCUGGAGAUUCUUCAUUCUCAUUUGCCAAAAUGUCCGUCACUGUUGUCUCCACUCUGAGCCCGUCGGGGCCGGUAUUCAAACCAACGAACAUAGCUGAAAAAAAGACAAAUACCUAAUGAAGAAACAGACUAUUAAAAAAAUUCUUAAAAUGUAAAAAGAAGGAAAAAGAAUCUAAAUACAUCAUUAUAUAUACAUAAAUCUAAUAAAUGUGCAACGCUGUAUCCACUUCCGAGUGACAAGUACAAAAGAAAGGGAUAACUCAUCGAGGAGAAGGCUGAAGAAGGCGGCGUUGGAGAGCCACAGGAAGUGGUGCGACAGUGACGCCUCCUCUAUGCAGAGAGUCAACGGGGAUUAAAGCAACUUAUUCUGAUGUACACUGGAUAUUUCGUCAUCUCGCUCAACCUCUAGACUCUCCUCUGUAUCUUACAGACUUUCAUAUCGUUACCAACAACGUGUGUGCGUGUGCGUGUGUUAAUUUCUAUUUUCUUGCCAUUCCUCUCUUUGUUAUUCGUUGGGUUUUUUGCUCUGUCUGUAUUAUUGGAAAAUCUCUUAUUUUUCUAUUGUUGUGAAAGUGGAUGAUAUUUGAUUUGUUGAAAAAAUACGUUUUGUGGCUUUUAUCUAACAACUCAAAUUAAUUUCUCCUUAUGAAAAGGGCUGGAAUCUAAAAAAAAAGGAGGGCAAGGAUACAAAAGGCAUAUAUCAUUUAGUACUCACUGAUGUGGCGACAUCAGAUUCAUCGACGCUGAAAUCUCAAAGCGAGUGUGUAUGAACCACAUGUUUAUCAUUUACCUGAGGAUUUCAUCUCUUGACCUAUCUGAUGUGAUGUAAACUGCCUCCCUCACCCUCUAAUGUCAUACGCUUCCACGGUUUGGCUCAGUCUGUGAGUGUGACUGUACAAAUGCUGAUGAGAUCAGUGUUAAAUACACCAAUAGUCUAGCCAGAUUUGGUUGAGUACACAUCAAUAUGAAGAUCACAUACACAUGAGUAGAAUCCCUAUUUGUGUGUAUUCAUAUAUGCAGGAUAAUAGAAAUACGGAUGUGUAAUCCUUUAAAGGCGUACAUUUAAAAACAUAUUUCAGGUUUCGCUGACAGUUGUCUGUAUGAGAACGUCGUCUGUGUGACUUCUUUGUUGAUAUUUAUUUAUUGAGGUGCAAGAGACAGUCGUGUUUGGUGUCAGAAACGUUCACCCUCAUUAUUAUCUCGUUUCUAUAUUCCAUAUUUGCGGUGAAGCUCAAAUGUGGUGUAUCUCUCUGUCUACCAGGCUUUUAACCUUUAUUUGUAUAUAAGUAAAUAGUUUGACAAUCUAAGACCAACUGGAAAGUAAAAAUGUCGAGGUUGCUCGAGCAACAGAAGAGGAGAGAGGCCAUAUUUUUUCUGACGCCAAAGAGUUGCUUUAGCUUUUCCAUUGCAUUGUCAUUUUCGCUCGCCACUCCAGCAGACGGGAUGCGGUAGUAUGUGUAAUAGAGUAUAACUUCACUAAUGGAGUGCAGACCCUGGAUCAGGUCCAUUUAGGGAAUAUUAUCACCUUCAUCACUGUUCAAGGUUCAAGAAAUGGGGCAAGUUGCAAUGGAGCUAUUUCUAAUAGUAUUGCAGUGGCGGACCUAGAACAUUCAGCACCCUAGGCAGGCUUCCCCUGGUGCCACCCCUCCAAAUUAUUAUUAUAAUUUAUAUCUGUGUAUUUAUUAUUGACGAAAACAAGAGCUAAUGAGAAAUUAACACAAAAAUAUCUUAGCUAACAAACAAUAAUGAUAAGUAACAAUAAUAGAAUAUGUAAAAUUUGCAAAUUUGGUCAUCGGAUGGCUUUUGCCUUUGCCAUUUUCUCUCAAUCUAAUGCUAUCCACACACACUACACUCAAGUGAAUGUUGGGGGAGGGGGGAGCUGCCUAUGUCGCGUAUAGAAAGAUCCGCCACUGUGCUAUUGUUUCAUAAUAUGUCAUAAAGAGUAACAUUUGGACUAACGUGCGAAGCGGCCUAAUUCAGUGGUCCCCAACUGGUUCAACCACGGGGUCCAGAUUUCUCCUUAGUCAUUAGUUCAAGGUCCACACAGUUUGACACAUUAGCAUCAUACUUGAAUUCGGCCAUGUCUUCGAGAUAGUUUUCUCUCUGUUUUAAGUGGCUGUCCAUUAGUCACUCACUCUACAGCAUGAAAUGGCACUUAAGUGAUAUAAUAAUUUGUGGAUUUGGGGGGCCAGUGAGACUUCUUGAGCACUUGGCAGUAUGGCAUGGCACAUUAUCUUGCAGGAAUGGCGUGACCAACAUAACCAAGUCCUCAAGGCAUCGACCUGGCCUCCGAAUUCCCCAGAUCCCACUCUGAUCAAGUAUCUUUGGGACAUGCAGGUUCUUAAACUUGCAACCUACGGGAGACAAAGGUUACUUGCGCUUGGCCAUGUCGUCAAGCUAGUUUGCUGUCUCGGUCAAGUAGCUGUGCGUUCGUCACUCACUCUACGGCAUGAAACUGCACUUCAAAAUAAAAGCUCUGUGCCGGAAAUUCACGGUACUUAAAAAUAAAGAAUGUU